AUGGAAAAAGUGAAUGCAGUGGAGGUCCUCUACAUCAGCUUAAACCAAACCAUACCAUUUAUAGGUAAGCUGUGGCUGGCGGCAUUCAUCCUUCUACGAGUCUUCGUUCUUCUUUUCGCUGGCUUUCCUCUCUUCUGGGACGAGGGAGAUCGUUUUGUGUGCAACACCAUCCACCCAGGCUGCGCCAGUGUGUGUUUCGAUGUGUUUGCACCCCUCUCCCUGUGUCGCCUUGGCUUUCUACAUUUAAUGUUUGUGUGUUUGCCCACCAUUCUGUAUGUCACACACCACACACACCGAGUGCUAACUGCCCUCACUUGCCGGUACUUCACGCAGGAGCCCACACUUCCACUCAAGCUUCAAAAACCUAAUGUAGGAGGAACUAAACUCAGCACUGGUGAAGGUUUUGCGGGACGUUUUACAGGACAAUACUUGUUACAUCUUAUUCUGCGUGUUUUCCUGGAGCUAGCAUUUGGUGUAGGCCAUUACAUCCUGUUUGGGUUUUCCGUGAGGCGGGACUUCCUGUGUUUGCAGCCGCCAUGCAGUCCUGCAGUGGAGUGCUUCACUUCCAGACCCACUGAGAAAGCGUUCCUGCUGCAAUGGAUGAUGGGUAACAUAGUCCUGUCUGUGAUCCUCAGCAUUGCUGAAAUGUGGCUUGUGUUGAGAGGCUCUAUCCAACACAGAAAGAGGAAGGCUGAAGAGGAGAAUGAAGGAAAGAUGAAGAGCAAUGAGGGACAGAAGAGAGAUUUUUUUAGCAAAGAAAACAAUGAGAAAGUGCCUUCAUCUCCAAGCUCUACCCCCUUUCCCUUCAAGAAGAGAAAACCUAGCGAUGACCCCAUUUUGACUCCAUCGCUGACCCCAAAAUCCAGUCUUUCGCCAUGGAGUGAGGCAGGACGAGCACACACACCUUCAUGCUCACAUACGCUCACUCCUGAGGAAGCUUCUGAACAGGAGGGCAGUGAAGUAGUACUGUGCUCAGCAGAGAGGCUGAGGCAGUGGAAGGGCCGCUAUGCAAAAAACGUCGGGGUUAAAGCCCCGUUAGCGUCAAACUCGGCAAAGGCGGCGCCAUGGAGCCCUGCCCCUAAACAUGUAUGGCAAGCUAGACAGUACACACCUGUUCCCACAAUGACAGAACACACUUCAGACAGCAGUGAAAGUCAGGACAGGAAAGCGUGGGUGUGA